CCUGGCCAUCACGGUCAAGUGAUCGUUCAAUCCAGCCUCGAAUUUUGAGUGACAGCUUCGUGUACAACUGCGUUGACGAAAAUACCAGGACGGGGUCGCCGAGCAUUUUAUUUAUUAUUUCGUUAAUAGACGGCCCAAAACGAUCGCUGUGUUAUCCUUGCGUGAGAAAGACGUAUUGGGCGUAGUUCACCAGGUUCCAAUUUGCCAAUGAUCAAGAUCCAAUUGUGCACGAUCGCAGGGCGUUGAACGCCUUCGAAGGUGACUAGCCCGACUAGGUGCUGCCUGUGGUUCUUUAUUGGAACAAAAAAGUGCUAUUGGACGGUGAAGUGCUGCUUGCUCUUCUGCCCAUUCACCGCAGGAGGUCAAGGCAUCGUUUCGACGCUGCUAGGCAUCACGGCAUGCCGGAGCGGGCAGUAAUACCCAGCUUAGAAGCUGAUUAAUGAGGUCUGUUGGUGACUAGCUCGGAACACGAUGACAAGUGCAUCAUCGCUGCGCUCCAAUUCCCCGCCAGCCAAAGGAUCAACGUCAUCCACGGUAUCAAACGAAAACCAGCACAAUAUGACUGGCGACAAGGUAAAGCCGCAGGACGCAUUGUCAACGUCGAGCGCAGGACCCCUGCCUGCAACCAGCAAUUCAAGCGGCGGCGGAAACGGAAGCGGAACCGAACAAUUCCAAAAGGAACAACACCAGGAGAAACUGCAGACACUCAAGCAACGAAAAUUCGACCUCGAGAAAUUGCUCAAUGAGAAAAAUCUCCUGUUGGAGCAGAUCCAACGUCAAGAGCAGCAAAUUAUCGCUGGCGAUCAUAUAUUCGACAUGAACCUCCUCAAAGGAAACAGCACCGGGAACAUCAUGAAUUUACGCAAGAAAAUCAAUACAACAAGCUUUAAAUUGCCCAACAGCAACAAGGGGAUGAUGUACGCCACUAAAGAGCGUAGCGGAAGUGUGGGUGAUAUGGAGAAAAAACUACGACAAGAGAUCGUUAACACGCAAUCCCAUAAGCUGCCCGCGGUCGAUGUGAACCUCUCAAAAUCCAUGCGAAGCAUGCCCUAUACUGAGUACGACACAGUGGCCAUAUCGGCCGCACAGCAAAAACUGCUCCUCAAACGGCAGCAGCAACUUGACUGUAGCCCGAUGGCGCCUAUCCAACCCAUCAUUGACUUGUCCUCUGCCGAUAUUAACAACUUUAUCAAUAAAAACAAUCAAAAUCUAUCCAUUGCCGUCGACUACAACAAGAAUUCCAGCAUGAAAUUGAUGAACCACUCGCCGACAGGGGUAACUGUGAACCAAUCGCAGCGCUACAGCCCUAUCCCCUUACUGACCGCGUCAAAUAACAAUAGUAUGUGUAUCAAUCGUGCGAAUCCCGCCAGCUACGUGUCGGAGCGAAGGAAUUCUAUAAAAUCCAUGCAGCAGCACAAGAAUUAUCCGUCCCCAAAGCAACACAGACAGGAUGACCGUCUGUCAAUGGUCGUCAACAGUAGUGCUAUCAUUGGAGGCGGCUAUGGUAGUGGUGCUCUGACGAUGCCUGCCAAAAUCAAUCGCAGCGACUACGAUCUCAUCAACUGCAACGUCCUCUCGGCCCAACAUACGAUCUCGACCGGCAUCUAUCCCUAUGAAUCCGACAAUUUCGUCAAACAGGAUGACGGCACAAACGCCGGUUUUAGCAACGACAGUGUAGAUUCCACCACCGCUAUUCACGCCAAUCUUCCAGCUAUAAAUAGCAAUAGGACUUCCUCCAUCCCGCUAGGAAACUCAUUUGUGAACACCAAUAAUAAGGUAGUGAACUGCGAUUCAGCAUUGAUGAUGCGGUUACUGCAGCAAUCUAACUUUGGUCCACACGGCGACUACGAAGAUUCUUUGUACUCCCAUCAGCGAUCGUCCACUUUGAGUGGACGAAAAUCCGCUCAAAUUUCUGCCGACAUGAUGCCUAUGCGACCUCUAACUUCAAUUGAUAUUCAUUCACCACAAACAGUUGGCUUGGGUGGCUAUUGGAAGACGUUGGGAGCAGAACGAAUUUGGUGCACAGUUGACACAAGCUACGACAGUAGUAGUAUGCAACAAAGUAACGCCAAAUUGAAAAAAUCGGCUGCUAUUACACGAACAACGCCGACCAAAUCGAUUUCAUUGGGGAACUUCGAUAUCAUCGGUGGUGAUUAUGUCAGCUGCAAAGAUGAACUGGUCGAUAAAAUUUCAAUAUCAUCCAUGAAUAGUGAAGGGAACAAGAAAAAGGAAAAGCAAUGGUUAGAAACUUCGUUAGAUGGACCACUUGCGACUACAGUUAAAAGCCAACAACCCCCACAGCCGUCCGUAUUCUCAUCUCACAGCAUUGCCGCGGACGUAGCUCUUCCGCCUGGUCGCCCAAAAUUGUCGAACAAUAACAUGCAACCGAUACCAACCAAGCUCAGCGACAAUCUUCCGCAGCAACUAAGACAGACCUCUAAUAAAAUCCUACGCAAUCCACCCCCUAACUGCGGUGUGGAUUUCUACGAAACAGCUAUGCAUCCCUCACACCCCCACUAUCGCCGCAUCACGCCAACAAUAAAAUCCAAAUCACCUCUUCCCGAUAGCAAUACGCCACAAAUAACACCCACAGACGCAUCAACACCUCCCAUAAUGAAAUACCAACCACCUCCUGUGAUCGCAAAUCAUCCACGACUUCCACAGCCACCCCAGAGAUCACCAACACCCCAAUUCGCCACAUCAUCUUCUCCGACACCCGCAAACAACCCCCGCAGUCCGAGCAAUCCCUUAAAUCUUACCCAACACGAUCUUAUACGUAUUGAAUCGCCGAAAAAUAUGACGGUUGUUCAGCAGGCUGUCUUCAUGCCGUAUAAGGAGGUGACGAAACCGUUUGAGAUGUCCGAUUUCUAUAAGUAUUCGACAAAAUUCCGACAAAAGGAUAAGCAAUCGCAACAGGUGCAACAUUCAGAUCAGAUUGCAUCAGCUGGAUCGGGAACGAUACUUCGUCAACAGCAAAUUGAAGUGGAACAGUGAGUAGAGUUCGCUGAUCCCAGAAUUGGGGGGAAACUAAAGACUGAAGCUGUGGAAGUGUUAAAGAAUUAUAAGAAUUUGGAGAUAGAAUUAGUUAUUUUUUUUAGAUUUUAUAUAUUGUCGAAAUAUAUUCAAGUUUAUUGAA